AUCUCGUUAUUUUACCUACUAGAAAUUAUACAAGGCCUGUUAAAGAAUCAAAAGACAGGCUGAACAGUGGUUGUUGCUUUCACUCUUUGUUGGUACUUGACCUUUCUUCAGGUGGACAUAUAAUUUGAUUCUAAUUGAUCCUGUGCCUUGUGUCAGCUACUCUCUUUUCUCUGUUCCUGUCUCUUUUACUUGUUUCCUGAUGCUGCUUCCAGUGAAUUCCCCUUUGCUUCCAGUUCUCUCCUCCUUGGCCGAGUAGUGCUGAACUUUCCUCAGCUCUUUGUCCCUUCCUCUUGAAACAGAGCCUUUGGAUUGAAACAGUCCUUCUUAAACCUUCUCUUAAAGGAACAGCUGACAAAUCGAUGCUGCCAGAGUAUCAGUUGAUAAAGAAACUGUUGCUUUAUCUCUAGCCUCUAAAUAAUUUUCAUGGAUGGCUGAGGCUGCAAACAAAUCUGUGUAUUUUAAAUGUAAAGCUCAGUAAGCGACUGGGCUGCAGAUGUUAGUGCUUAUAUACCAGUGGCAGAACUUUUGGGUUACUACAGAAGUGCUUAGUUGCCUGAGGACGUAAAGAAAGGUUAUAGCUCUUUAGUUAGUAGGAAAAGAAGUCCAAGAAAUGUUUUGUCUCAACAGACUUUGUGAAAGAGCCUAACAGCCAAUCUUGUUAUGACAAGCUGAUCAUGACCAUUUGAGAUUAGAGAUCAUCCUCAAAUAUUCUUUACCAUACUUUUUUUUCAUGCUUUAAUGCUAGUAAUUUUGAUAGCUGCCAGAUAGCUUCUUGAAAGCCUCAUCCUCUUUCUGCUCCUCUCUCCACAUGAUUCAGUUGGCAGUGUCUGAUAUGGCCAUCUGUAAGAGCAAUAUGAAUAAUAGGCAUUUUAUAUUGUAUGUGCAGCAUAGCUUCAUAUCUUCAUGCAUGGCUGCCCUGAACUUCUCCAUGGACUGACAAGUGCAUCUACUAAAAGAGUGGCUCUGUUGUGCUAAAAUCAUUACAGAGCAGUAUUUGAGGGAAGAUUUCAGUAGGUCAUGAAAAUGUGAGAUGUGUGCCCAACACUAAAAUGCCAAUAUGGAAGUCAACAUAUGUUUUGGGAGAAGAAUAAAACAGGGGAUUUGGCUUCUGUGCAAUUAGCUGGAGCUCCAAACAGAUGGGAGGUCUUGUCUGCAGCUCCUACCACUAUAAAGGAUGAAGCUGGUAAUAUAGUACAGAUUCCAGGUGCUGCCACAGUCACUUCAAGUGGGCAGUAUGUCCUUCCUAUUCAGAGUUUGCAAAAUCAACAAAUCUUUUCUGUUGCACCAGGAUCAGAUUCGUCGAAUGGUACAGUGUCUAACGUACAGUACCAGGUAAUACCCCAGAUCCAGACAGCGGAUGGUCAGCAGGUUCAACUUGGCUUUGCAGCCUCUUCUGAUAAUAGCAGUAUAAAUCAAGAAACUGGUCAAAUUCAGAUCAUUCCUGGCUCGAAUCAAACCAUCAUUGCCUCUGGAACAUCUUCAGCUAAUAUUCAGAAUAUCUUAUCUGGUCAGUCUGGUCAAGUCCAGGUUCAGGGAGUUGCAAUUGGUGGUUCAUCUUACCCUGGCCAAGCACAAGUGGUUGCUAACGUCCCACUUGGACUGCCAGGAAAUAUUACUUUUGUACCCAUUAAUAGUGUUGAUCUAGAUUCUCUGGGACUUGGCAGUGGUUCUCAAGCCAUGACAGCAGGCAUUAAUGCAGAUGGGCACUUGAUAAAUACCGGACAGGCCAUGGAUAGUUCAGAUACUUCUGAAAGGACUGGUGAGCAAGUUUCUCCUGAAAUUACAGAAACUGCCACAGAUAAUGACUUAUUUGUGCCAACGUCAUCUUCAUCACAACUGCCCGUUACCAUAGACAGUUCAAGUAUAUUGGAACAAAAUGCAAAUGACUUGACCACAACUAGUGGUCAAGUUCAUGGUUCUGAUCUUCAGGGAAAUUACAUCCAGACGUCAGUCUCUGAUGACACACAGGCUCAGAAUAUUCAGGUUUCCACAGCACAGCCAAUUGUACAACACAUACAGCUACAAGAGUCGCAGCAGCCAACCAGUCAAGCCCAGAUUGUACAAGGUAUUGCGCAACAGACAAUCCAUGGUGUUCAAGCAAGUCAAAGUAUAUCUCAGCAGGCUCUUCAAAAUCUUCAACUGCAGCUGAAUCCUGGAACUUUCUUAAUUCAGGCACAAACGGUGACCCCUUCUGGGCAAAUAACCUGGCAGACAUUUCAAGUGCAAGGAGUUCAGAACUUGCAGAACUUGCAAAUUCAGAAUGCACCUGGUCAACAAAUAACUCUGACCCCUGUGCAGACUCUCACUCUUGGUCAAGUUGCAGCCGGUGGUGCGUUGACAUCAACUCCAGUUAGUCUAAGCACUGCUCAAUUGCCAAAUCUACAGACAGUCACAGUAAACUCUAUAGAUUCUGCUGGUAUUCAGCUGCAUCAAGGAGAAAAUGCUGGAAGUCCUGCAGAUAUUAGAAUUAAAGAAGAGGAUCCUGAUCCAGAAGAGUGGCAGCUCAGUGGUGAUUCUACACUGAAUGCUAAUGAUCUAACACAUUUGAGAGUACAGGUCGUAGAUGAGGAAGGGGACCAACCACAUCAGGAGGGAAAAAGACUGCGACGAGUAGCGUGUACAUGUCCCAACUGCAAAGAAGGUGGUGGAAGAGGCUCCAACUUGGGAAAAAAGAAGCAACACAUUUGUCACAUACCAGGAUGUGGCAAAGUAUAUGGGAAGACCUCACAUUUGAGAGCUCAUCUCCGCUGGCAUUCUGGAGAGCGUCCAUUUGUUUGUAAUUGGAUGUUCUGUGGCAAAAGGUUCACUCGCAGCGAUGAGCUCCAGCGACACCGAAGAACGCACACAGGUGAGAAGAAAUUUGUCUGUCCAGAAUGUUCAAAACGCUUUAUGAGAAGUGACCAUCUUGCCAAACACAUUAAAACACAUCAGAAUAAAAAAGGUAUUCACUCUAGCAGUACAGUGCUGGCAUCAGUAGAAGCAACAUCUGAUGAUACUUUGAUUACUGCAGGAGGAACAACACUUAUCCUUGCAAAUAUUCAACAAGGUUCUGUUUCAGGAAUAGGAACUGUUAAUACAUCUGGCACCAGCAAUCAGGAUAUUCUUACCAACACUGAAAUACCUUUACAGCUUGUCACAGUUUCGGGAAACGAGACAAUGGAGUAAAUAUUACACAAGAUACCUAUUAAUUGUGGUUAUUUUUAUACAGUAGUGAGAAGAAUAUUGUUCCUAAGUUCUUAGAUAUCUUUUUAUUGAUGUGCAAAAAUUUUUGGAUUGACAGUAACUUGGUUAUACAUGACACUGAAAUGCCUUACUUUGUAUGAUAUUCCAUAGUAUAUUAAAAUGGUAAAAUUGCAUGGGUUUUGUAGGUACUUUUGGAAUCUAGAAGAGAAGAAAUUUUACCAAGUUAUAUUAAAAAAAAAAAAAAAGAAUUUAACGAUGGAAAUGGUAGUCUAACCAAAUGCAUCAAUCCUGUGUGGUUUAGUGUAAAAAAAAUGAGAACAUGUUGGUAUUUAUCUAUUGUAAGAUAAAAGAAGUUGAUGGGUGAAAAGAAAUCACAUUAUGAUAAAAGAAAUUUUGUAAUUUUCUUGAUGACUGGAAUUUUUAUUAUGCAUAACUGACAAAUCAAGUUUCCAAGCAAAUGUUACAUAGUGUAGGCUUUACUUAGCUCAUCAACUUGUCAUUUUGAAGCUAAUUAUUUUAAUUAGGUUAACUAUGUACAAUAUUUUAAGCAUUACUCUUGUAAGAUUUUGCAAACUACAUUUUAACAUGGAACUCUAGGGAUAGUCACCUUUUAAAUCCUAUUGAAAAGCCAUGUUUAAGAUUUAAUUUGCCAAAAUGAUGUCUUGUUAAUAUUCUUUCAAUAACCAAGGUGGGCAAUAUAACCAAUGUUUAAAAAGCUUAAAAUGUUAAGAAAAAUGAAUAUGUAUAGUUUGAAGCAUUUGGGUGGUAAGGCAGAUGUUACAGUGAAGUAUAUCCCUUCUUUUGAACAUUGGAGGACCAAAAAUAAGGUGUAUUGUGUCUCAGCAGUGAUUUUUAUCAAACCUUUUUCCAAAAAAAAAACCAUCUGUAUGCCAGGGCCUUAAAAGCCAUCAUGUAAAUUACCAGUAAAAUAUAACAUAUGCAAAUACAAAAGAAAAAUCACUUCCAUAUUGACAGUACUCCCAAACAUAUGGGUAUAGUCAUAGUGAACUAGGGGGGUUAUGAGGUUUUUAUUUGUUUGUUGUUUAGUUUUUGGUUAGUCAAUCUGCAUUUAAAUAUCAGCCAUCUUUCCUUUUUUGCUUCUUCCCUUAAAAAUUGUAUGUAUCCAGUACAUUUAACUGAUAAACAUAUAUGUUUUUUAUUAUGCUGAAUUUUCUUUUUAUUUUUUAAUUACUGUUUAUAUUUUCAAUUAUAGAAAAUGUACAAAAUGAAGUUAUAUAGCCAGUCUGUAAGUGCUAUACCAUUUUCAAAAAAUGUACAACAAUAAUUACUGCAGUUCACCUAUUUACAAACAUUUGGAAAUCUGUUCAUUUGUUAUUCUUAAAACCACCUCAAAUUUAAAGGCUACCUUAUUGUACGUUUAAAGUGUAUUAUAACAGUGUGGUAGUUAAUAAAACACUAUUUUUUUUUUCUUUUGA